AUGGCCAAUAACCCAACGGGACUCCGCAUCCUUUCUUUGGAUGGUGGUGGUGUUAAGGGAUACGGCUCUCUUCUCAUUCUGAGGCGCAUCUUCCGAACAAUGGUGACGGAAGGCGGCCUCGAAAAAGAACCUCUGCCAUGUGAAGUUUUCGACCUCAUUGUAGGAACUUCGACUGGUGGCCUGAUAGCUAUCAUGCUCGGGCGCCUUCGCUUGUCCAUCGACGAAUGCCUGCUUCAGUACGAGAAGACGGGCAAGGCUGUUUUCGACAAACCAAUAUCUCAGAACAAACUGGGGAAAAUGUUCAAAAAGGCUACAAGCAGCGCUCUCUAUGAUAUCGAUAAACUCCAGGAGGAGAUUCGGGUUUUACUUGGAUCUUGCAGCAUGGAGCCGGACUGUCCUUUUGUUGAAGACGGCAGUGGAAGUCCUUGCCGGGUUAUGGUGUGCGUCACUCGGGGCAUCAACAGCCGCCCAGAUGUUCUACGAAGCUAUAUGAGUAGCCAUCCAACGCAGGAGAACUAUAAAUGCUCGAUUUGGGAGGCAGCCAGCGCCACUGCUGCUGCUCCAACAUUUUUCGAUCCUGUCAAGCUCGCGGGCGGUGAAUCAUUUUGCGAUGGAGGCAUGCGCCGCAACAACCCCAUCAAUGAAACCGUCAACGAGCUCAACCGCGAGCUCGAGAGAGGAUGGUCGGGGCGGUCACUGGGCUGCCUGAUCAGCGUUGGCACUGGUGUUGUUGAAGCAGCCAAGAUUUCAACUUCGGUCACUACACUUAUUAGGGCUGUAGUUAAGAUUUUGACUGACUCUGAAGAUACGGCGGAGGAGUUUGUCAAGUCCCCGUUCGGCCGACAGUUGGAGAGCUCUGGGAGGUAUUUCCGCUUCAACGUGCCUCAGGGCCUGCAGACUCUGAAACUUGACGAGUGGAUGGAGACUGAGAAACUGAAUGCCGCAACAACCGAGUAUCUGUCAAAGUCGGGAACGGGUAACCUCGUAAAGCUAUGUGCUCAAGCUCUCAACGAUCCAGAUGCAUUGCUUAAUAUGCCCUUGUUUUCAAAUCGUCAGCUAAGACUCGACAACCCAUGCAAUAAUUUUGUGCAGAGACCUUUGUACCAAAGCCGUCUUCGCGAAUACUUUUGGAACUUUAAUUCCACGAAACCACAGAUUUUUGUCCUCUGGGGCCUUGCCGGUGUUGGGAAAACUCAGCUUGCACUCAAAUUCGCUGAGAUGAUGAAGACCCGGCUCAAGGUUUUCUGGGUCCCCGCAGAUCAGCCUAGCAACUUUAAUCAAGCCUAUGCCAAGUUAUUGGCUCAGAUUCAGCCCGGGCAUCAGUUAGCAAAUGCCACACAGGACCUUCCAACCCUACUUGAAGAAACGUGCUCGCAGUUGGAGGCCAGCCCAGCAAGCUGGCUACUUGUUAUUGAUAAUGCGGACGAUUUUGACGAGUAUCAACAGGCCAUGGACCCUUACCUUCCCAGAUCCGGGCGUAUUCUUAUCACCAGCAGAGAUCCAAGGUUUCAGGGAGAUGUUGCGGCUGUAGAAGAUGGUAUGAAUGUUCUACCUAUGGAGGAAGAAGAGAGUAUAGAACUUCUCACCAAAUCUAUCCCCGGGAGACUUCUAAAGAUGCCAACCGAAACGGAAGAAGCUCCGUCCUAUCUCGUGAACAUGCUGGGUAACCUACCCCUCGCUAUUGCGCAGGCGGCUGCCAAUAUCAGGGACCAGCAAGUACCCCUUCGGGACUAUAUCAAGUUUUUCCAGGACGAAAUGGACCCUUCCAGCAGCUUUCGUGUACCAGCCCGGGAUAGGAACGCACGGGAUCCCAGGAAUGCGGAGCAAUCGGUCAGCAAGACGUGGGGUGUCUCCUUGAAUAGGUUGCGAGAAUCCUCGCCCCCAACCGUACUGCUGCUCGGGUACAUGUCUUGUCUACAUUGGGACAGUAUUCCUGUUGAUUUGAUACGUCAGCUGCCUAAAUUUAUGGGUUUUAGCCCAAUCGAGUUCAGGCAAAUGAUUGCAGCAGGGCUCCAACUAUCUCUAGUCCAAGAACACGACUUGGGGCAGUUUUCGGUACUACAAAUGCACCCCCUGGUGCAUGGGUAUGCCUGGAGUCAAGUCGGGUCGACGGAUAGCAAGUUUGUUGAAGAGAUCGUAUCCCUUCUUUGCGUAACAUUCCCCCUUACAACAAGCCACUCUUCCGACUCCCCGGACUGGGUGUUGUCUGCGUUCCUUUCCUCCCAUUGCCGCCGAGCUAUUACUGUCUCCGAGAACGUAUCUCUACAAAGCAAACAACUAGCGCGGUUGAUGCAAGUAUACAGCAGUUACUUGAAUGAAUUUGGAGACCUGAAAUCGGCUCUGGUGAUAUCUACCCGUGCGCUUGACUUGGCAACGGCGAUGUGGGGCCCCCAUGAUAUAUCUACCUUCCAUGUCAGCAAAACUAGGAUUGACUGCUUGCAGAGCAGUCAGAUGCACCAAAAGGCAUUAGAAGAUAUAGACGGUGGUCUAGAGUAUUUGAACUCAGGAAGACACGGUUUAAUGGAAACAGAGGUUGAGCGGCUAGGCGAGGUUGUUGAUUUGCUCUGUACUAAGAGAACCAUCUUCAGUGACUUGGUCAACCAUCAAGCCGCCCUUGAAGUCGAUAUCCAAGCCGUCAACAUUCUCACAGAAAUACGAAAGAUGGAGCCGCAAAGCCUGCCGGUCGAAUCUGCGCUGUUGGUUGCACUUCACAACAAAGCUCACAGCCUGCAUCGGCUGGCCAGAUUAGAUGAGGCAGAGGCCCUGAAUCUGGAGGUUCUGAAGGACUCGUUGGGGUCAGAUGGCUCCAUCAAAGUGGAUCAAAGUUCUUACCAUGCCUUUCUUAAUCUUCGUGGACAAAUUGUAGCGGACAAGGAAAACGCUUCGCCGAAUCAACACGUGGAAGCUCUAAAAAUAUUCAGUCUUGUAUUUCAAGACACCCUGGAAACGCAUGGUAUAGGGAGUCGUGACACGUGGAUUGCAGCGAAUAAUGUUCUCUCAGAACUUGCGGCGCUAGAUGGAGACUCGCGAGUACAAUUGACCUCGCUGGAACUUUUUGAGUUGCUAUUUUCCUUGGUCAGCAAACAGGGUCUACCACAAAGAGCAAACCAUCCGGAAUUUCAAUACGCCCUAUGGAGUUUCUUGGGCCGCCUUAACGAUUCUUUGGAGCUUCUGCAAUCACCUGACUUUGAGCGAUUAUGGGGAAUGCGAACUGAGUUCGUGAAGGUUUGCCAAAUGACACAGGAGAUACCAUCCUUGUAUACUGCGAGUCGAGCGAAUGCAGCCGGUGUCAUGCUACAGGCCCGCGGCAGGUUUGAGCUUGCCGAAGCCCGGCAUAGGGAAGCCCUCGAUAUCUUGAAUACGAUGCCAGGAGAGGCCUUGGCGGCUAAGAAUGCCCGGGAUCUCUUCAAUGUAUCCCAUUACAAUAUUAUGUUGGCUCUGGCUCGUCAAGGUAGAGUGUAUGAAGCACGUAUCUACCGAGACGAGCACCGGAGCGAUAUAUUCACGGCAGAGGAAACGUAUGAUUCAUUGGAGGUGCGAUUGGACAGGGACCUGAAAGACAAAAAUGUAUACGACCAGACUGUGGCUAUGAUGGCUUCAGGAGACCUCAGCCCAACUGACCAGUGGUGGCUGGAUCAUGCCACAUCACUACAAAGAGCGCAAAAACGAUAUGGUUCCUUUAUUAAGCCUUCAGCGACAGCUGAUAUCGCGGAACCACAACUAUUGGGAGAUGUUAAGAGAAUUCUGACUUUUCCAAAGACGAUAAAGAAAAUGAAAAACGUCUUUCCAUUUAAGAGAAGGAAACUACCGAAGAUUGUAUAA